AGGUACUCGGUGCCAUAACGAUAGGUCUAGUUGCAGACAUGGGGAGCUACCAGGCACAGGCAGUACUGUCUGAAAAUGAAUUUACAGUUGCAGCCUUCAUUUCUUUCGGUGAAUCCACAGCCCUCAUGAUGAUCGCUUAUGGUUGUCUCAUCACCACCUUUCUACUCCUCCUUUCUUCGAUCCUUUCUGCAAGAAGUUUUUAUUACGUUCCAAAAUCUCUCUUUUUUGUGAUUUAUCAUUUGAUCUCAGCAUCAUUGUAUUUGUCAUCGGGACUUUCAGUUGUGAUUCUUGGAUACCAAAGGCGUUAUGAAAAAUACUACAUCACAGCCGGGGCUCUGGGUAUUGUAAAUUCCAUACUCUACAUUUUCAGCACCUGUCUUGGACUUCGAGCUCUGUCCCUUAAAUAGAGGCGAUAUAGACCCAAGAACAGAAUGAGCUUUAUAGAAUAAAGACCAAAAAUCGCCAGAAAAUUGUGAUCGAUCAACCAAAUCUUUCAUUUUUUUUCCUUCUUAAAUUAAAAGUAUUUUAAUUUUAUUUUUUAUGGAGGAGUAAUAUGUAUGAUUAAUUGGAGGUAGGGAGAUGUGUUUUUGAUGAGAGAAUUUCGUGUUUAUUUGUUUUUGUUAUUUUCUCUAUACCUCUAUAUUUUCUCUGAAGCAUGUACGUUUUACUUUUUUCACCUCUUGCCAUAGAGAUGCCCAAACUGACUUCACUUGGAGGUAUCUUAUCUUCAGUCAUUCAUCAAUUAAUCAAUUGGUUGCCAAUAGCAACAGAUGAAGCCCAUUGUCUCUGGUUUCUACCAAAGAAGUUUUCAUCAGCAACUGGAACACGAAAACAAUUGAUGGAUUACUGAAGAACAUUGAUCUCGUUCAGUGUGAAGUCCAUUCUUUCUGGUUUCCACCAAAGAAGUUUCCAUCAGCAACUGGAUCACGAAAACAAUUGAUGGAUUGCUGAAUGACAUUGAUCUAGUUCAGCCUGAUAAAUUAGACAUCUCUAUAUAAAAUUUAUUCGUAUCUGGUGGUUUUUGUGCGAAGAUCUCUUUCGAAAGUUAUCCGAAACUUUUCCAGUAAGGCAUAUGGAAUAAACCCUUACCUAUGUUUGUAUGCAUAGAUAUGAAAUUUGAUUAUUGAAACAACGUUUGUUUUUAAAUUCACUCGUUUUAAUAAGCUGUUUUAAAUAUGCUUUAAUAAUUUACGUAAAAUUUACAGUCGUAGUCAAGUCGAAAUUCUGUUAGAAAAAUAAAUUUUACAAUUACAAAUGUUUAUAUAAAUGGUGCUAACAUUUGGUUUCUUUUCAUUCUUUGCUUUUAUCUUUAGAAAAAUAAUUAAAUUAUUUUAUCGUAUAAACUGUUAUCAAAUAAUGUUAGACUUUCGUAUUUAAGGUAUGUUUAACUUGUAAUAGGUCAUAUAUCAAUGUAAUAUUUUAUUUCUAGAAUCAACUUCAUGAUGAAUAAACUUUUUUUUCAUCUUUUUUUUAUUAAUUUUUUUAAAGAAAUGUUUUUCUGUCGUUAUUUGUCAAAUCAGUUAAUUCUACUUUCAGAAAUUCUAGUCGGCAUUUAAAUUCGGUUAAAUAGUUUGGAAACAACGCAUGCCCACAAUUUUUACUAAAAUAGUCAAAAAGCAACUUAAUUUUUAUGUAAUAUAAAAAAGCUAUUUUUAAUUGAGUGGGCUUUUAAUUAUUUGUUAUUAUUUUUGGCGUCUUAUAGAAGAAAAAUACAACAGUCUCCUCUUUAAUUUGUUGCUGAAUUAUAUUUCAUUAAAAAUUUAAGGCAUUGAAAAAAUAUUUUUUAAUGCAUGUUUGUUUUGUUUUACUUUUAAAAAUAUUUAAUUUUUAACAUAAAAUUAUAAGAAAAAACUGAAAAUUUAAUUUUAAUGAAAUUAAUUAAAAAUGAAACAGAUAACUGAUUAACAAUAAUAAUAAUGUUUGAAAAAGCUGUAUUGAGUUGAUUUUAACUCUUGCGUCAUCAUUCGAGGAUAAGUCAUAAUUUAGUAAAUGGUUGUAGUAACAUGAUUUCAUUAUCAUUUUUUUUUUUUUUUUUGGUUAAGCAAACAUUUGUAUCCUCCAUAUGAUUUUUAAAAUAAAAGUGUUAACAUGGAAAUAAAUUAUUCAUGUGAUAUUUUUAUCCAAAGUUAAAGUUAGAAACAAAUUAAUAGCUGUAAUAGAAACAAAUAUUGUAUUUGAAUGUAUAGGACGUACACCAUAGCCACAUGAAAAUUCUGGCGUUAGUUCUAAGAGCACCAAUUAACCGAGUAAUUGGAAUUUCUUCUAAUACAAAAUAAUGCAAAAAUCAAAAUAUUAAAAGUAUCUAUAUUUUUUAGAAUGUCUUAUUAUUAAAAUAUAUCCAGCAUCUUAUUAUAAAUGAAAAAUUUAUUAUAAAAUAAUGCAAAAAUCAAAAUGUUUAGAGUAUCCAUAUUUUUCAUUGAUCUUAUUAAAAUGUAGCCUGCAUCUUAUUAUUAAAUGAAAUUUUUUUUAUAAAAAAAA